AUGCCAUUUGGGUUGACGAAUGCUCCUGCGGCAUUCAUGGAUCUGAUGAAUCGCGAGUUCAAGCCUUAUCUUGACCAAUUUGUGGUGGUCUUCAUAGAUGAUAUUUUAAUAUAUUCCAAGAAUAGUGAAGAUUAUGAAAAGCAUCAUUGGAUUGUUUUGCAAAUUGUGGAAGAGAAAAAGCUUUAUGCUAAGCUUUCUAAAUGUGAAUUUUGGCUUGGUGAAGUGGCUUUUAUGGGACAUGUUGUGUCAGCUGAAGGUGUGAAGGUGGAUCCUUAUAAGAUUCAAGCUAUUGUUGAAUGGAAACUGCCUAAAAGUCCAACUGAAGUAAGAAGUUUCUUGGGCUUAGCGGGAUACUAUAGAAGGUUUGUCAAAGGCCUCUCCAUUAUAGCCUGUCCUUUGACUAAACUCUUGAGGAAGGAUGUCAAGUUCGUAUGGGAUGACAAAUGCCAAAAGAGCUUUGAAAAUCUCAAAUCCUUAUUGACACAAGCUCCUAUACUUACUCUACGAACUGAAGGGAAAGAGUAUGUGAUGUAUAGCAAUGCUUCUCAUCAGGGUUUGGGUUGUGUCCUGAUGCAGAAAGGGAAAGUGCUUGCGCACAAUGAGGAAAGCUGCUGGAACUUGCAUCCAGAGCUGUUAGAUUGGAAGGAUGAUGUUGUUGGAAAAAAUUACAAGUGA